AAAAAAAGAAAGAGAAAGAGAAGCCUUUCUCCUUGCUGGUCGUACUGCAGCUCCAGCUGUGCCGGUCUGCCAGAUGUGCCCGCAGGUGCGCGCCGGGGCUGCCGCCUGCAGCCGCGUCCCGCCCGCGCACCCACCCCAGCAGCCACCCCACCAGCCCGACCAGUUUCACUUUCAGAAAUAGGAACUUGGCGGCGCCGGGCGCCCAGACGCACACGCGGCUCGGGACGAAGGCAGCGAGCUGCCGGCACGCGCGGGGACCCCGGGGCCGGCGGCAUGAACCCCAGCGCGCCCCUUCCUCCGGCUUCCCAAAGGAUAUAGGAAAAAGGAGAGCAGCGGCGGCGGCGGCUAGGACACCGCGUGUCCCAUCCCGUCCCGUUCCCCGGGGAUGGAGCAGUUUGUCCGCAAGCGUUUGACCUUCUUGACAUCCUUCUGGAACAAGCUGUGGCCCCGCUCCGGCCCGGAUAGCUGCUCGCUGGGGUACUUUGGUUCCGAUUCUGUUUCGCUGCACUCGGAGCCCAGCUCGGUUUCCUUCAUCCCCAAGUCCUCUCUCUUUAUCGCUUUAUACGCUUUCACAGCCCGCAGUGCGGACGAACUGAGCAUAAGCGCAGGGGACAAACUGCGUGUCCUCAGAGAAGAAGGGGACUAUGUCUUAGCCCGGAGGCUGCUUGGGGAACCGGCCAUGGGUUACGUCCCCGCCUCCCUGCUGGCUCCAAAAAGCCCGAAAACACGGGGAGAACAGCCCUGGUAUUUCAGCAAGAUCAGCCGCAGCGAGGCCGAGCAGCUCCUCCUCUCGCCUCCCAACCAGCACGGCUCCUUCCUCGUCCGGGACAGCGAGAGCAACAAGGGCGAGUACUCUCUCUCAGUGCGCAACCACGCCAAAGUCAGCCAUUUCCGAAUCUGCAAGAGCCCCGGGGGCAGCCUGUACAUCCAGAAGGGGCACCCCUUCCCCGACAUGGAGGAGCUCCUCGCCUUCUACACCGAGAACUGGAAGGUCAUCCAGAGCCCCUUGCUGCAGCCCUGCAGCCCCACGACCCCCCCCGAGAGGGACGGCUGGGAGCGCCCACGUUGGGAAUUCACCCUGCGGAGGAAGCUGGGCGAGGGCUACUUCGGAGAGGUGUGGGAAGGGCUGUGGAGGAACUCCGUGCCGGUGGCCAUCAAGAUCAUCAAAGCUGACAUGAAGGCAGAGGACUUCACCAAGGAGAUCCAGAACCUGAAGCGCUUGAGGCACGAGAAGCUGAUCCAGCUGCACGCCGUCUGCUCGCUGGAUGAGCCCGUCUACAUCAUAACCGAGCUGAUGAGGAAAGGCAACCUCCACAGCUACCUCAACAGUCCUGAAGGGAAGUCCCUGGGCACCUCCCACCUGCUCAACAUCGCCUGCCAGGUGGCGGAUGGGAUGAGGUACCUGGAGGAGAAGCACAUUGUCCACCGGGACUUGGCGGCCAGAAACAUCCUGGUGGGAGAGGAACUCACUUGCAAAAUCGCCGAUUUUGGGCUGGCCCGGCUCCUCAAGGAUGACAUCUACUCCACCAGCAGCAGCACCAAAAUCCCGGUGAAGUGGACGGCCCCGGAGGCAGCCAACUACCGUACCUACUCCCUCAAAUCCGAUGUCUGGUCCUACGGGAUCCUCCUCUACGAAGUCUUCACCUACGGGCAGAUCCCAUACGAGGGAAUGACGAACCAAGAAACCGUCCGGCAAAUCACCAGGGGCUACCGCCUCCCCCGGCCCAGCUCCUGCCCCCCUGAGAUCUACAGCAUCAUGCUGGAGUGCUGGAGCGGCAACACGGAGGAGCGGCCCACCUUCCUGGCGCUGCGGGAGAAGCUGGGCUUCAUCUACAGGCGCCUGCUCAACUCCCUGUCCUGAAGCCCCUUCCCACCACCCUUCCUGCAAAGCCCCCUCCACGCCAGCUCUUGCCGAGUGGCUCCUUCCUCCUCUCUCGCCCUCCAACAGGGCUCCGAGGAAGGCACAUCCCCAAAAAAAAACACACUGCCCAUGGCCCCUCUCGGUGAGGAGGCAGGGAGGUGGCCAAGGGACGAGGCAACGAGGUGGGGAGGAUUCGUUGCCGGAGCUUGGCCGUGUCUUGAGAAGCCCCGUGGCAGUGAAGGCAUCACCCCAGGUUCACAUCUCCGUUCAGCCAGUAGGGAGGGAGGUCCCUGCCGCUCCCCAGGCCCACAUGAAGGUUUGCAGUUUGUGUCCAGUCGUGGCUCUGCUUGAUUUUCUUGUAGCGUGUGUCCGGUGUAUUUAUCAAUAAAUGCGUGCGCAUCCAUCCUUCCA